AUGAGUUGUAUCGAGGAGAGAAUUGAGCUUGAAGAGAUUGUUGAAAUUGAACUAGAAACUAUCAAUUCAGGAUCAAGUUCUACAUCAAUUUUGCCUGACAGUGGGGAAAUAGUAUACCCAGAUGGAGGAUGGAGAGCUUAUGGAGUUGUUCUAGGGUCUUUUCUCGGUUUGACUGUGAGUUUUGGACUCAUUAAUUCGGUCGGUGCUAUCCAGGCUUAUAUUGCAACGCAUCAGCUUGUCAAUGAAGCUACGUCUACAAUCUCAUGGAUUUUUUCCAUCUACUUGACAAUUGCUUUCGGUGUGGGAAUCUUGGUGGGUCCAGUAUUUGAUACCAACGGAGCACUUCCACUAUUAUUAUGUGGUUUGGUACUUCAAUUUGUAGGUUUAAUGGCUACGGCUGUUUGUAAAUCUGUGGUUGAGUUCGUAUUUGCUUUCUCUGUUUGCGUUGGUGUUGGGAAUGCUUUCUGUAUUACACCAUUGAUCGGUUCGGUAAGUCACUGGUUUUUAUGCAAAAGAGGUCAGGCCAUUGGAUUGGCUACCGUUGGGGGCUCUAUUGGAGGUGUUGUGAUACCAUUGAUGCUACAUGCACUUUAUAGAAAUGUGGGCUUCGUAUGGGCUAUAAGAGUAUUGGCAUUUUUCUGUCUUGGAUGUCAGGCUCUCUCUGUAUUACUUGUUAAAGAAAGGGUAAGAAGAAAGUUGGCUAAUUCAGACGACAACCAAAGAAAAUUGCAACAAAUAGUACAUGCUUGCAACGAGCUUAUUGACUUACUGUCUUUAAAGGACAUGAAGUUCGUCUUUCUCACUCUUGGUGUAUUCUUUGAAGAAGUGUCAUUGAUGUGUACUUCGACAUAUUUGUCCACCUAUGCUAUUACUCAGGGAGCUAGUGAGUCUACGGCCUACAUCUUAGUAACUGUAUUCAAUGCUAGUGGGAUUGUUGGAAGAGUUGUUCCAGCGUAUGCUGCUGACUACAUAGGUUACUUCAAUGUGAAUGCAUUGAUGUUGACGGGUAUGGUAUUAACGAUGUUUGUAAUGUGGUUUCCUUUUGGAUCUCAUAUAGGUGUUCUCUACGCUUUUUCCAUCUUGUGUGGCUUCUUCGUCUCCUCUGUAUUGAGCAUUACCCCAGCAUGCCUAGGAGCCAUUACGCCAGUUCACAACUUUGGCCAAAGGUACGGAAUGUGUUUCUGUCUAGCAUCGUUAGGAUACUUGAUAGGUAUACCUGUUGGUGCAGCAAUAAUUGGUGAUGGAAGUCGUCAUCGAUACGACAUCUUCGCCUUGUAUUGUAGUCUUUUGGCUCUUGCAUCCAUGUUAUGUUGGAUGGUGAGCAGGUACUACAUCGUGGGGCUGAAGAUUAACGUACGCAUUUGA